AUGCUUCUAAUAGGAACAUGGAACUUUAAGAGCUACAACAACGCAUUUUUAGUUAUGUACAAAGCUUAUUCCUACUUCAUUUUUUGGCACUACGUGGUGAUGACACAGUUGGUGAUGGUAUCAAUUCCUAUACAAUGGGACUGCAAGAGUAGAGUGAUAGAACUCAUAUGCUUCUACAUUCAGUACACCAACAACAUCAUCAUGAUGGUCUUGUCAAAGUAUUCAAACAAGAUGCAGAAAGUAUUCGACCAUAUUUUGGACUACGAAGACAUUAAACUGCGAAGCACAACCGAUGUGGAGCAAAAGAUCUACUUUAAGUACGCAAAAUUGAACAACAGGGUCAGUCUUUUCGUUACAAUAGUCCUUCUUGGAACAUCUGUUUAUUGGUAUACGACUUCUGUAAGGUAUUCUUUAUUCGGCCAACCAACUGACGUUUGCCCCCUGACCAAAGGAACCAUAUAUCAAAUUUGGCUACCUUCCAUUAUACGGAAAUACCACUGGUUGAUGAUACUGAACGACAUCGUCUUCUUCAUGAGUGUAAUCAACAUCACAUUGUACAGGGAAAUAAUAAUGUUCGCUAUCUGUAUUUUCAUGUUGGGUCAAAUAAAAAUUUUGCAGCAAAACGUAAGGGACCUGGAAAAAAACAGCGAGGUGGUGCGAAAGUCACGCAACGUCAGUUAUGAUGAUGGCUUGUUGAUUUCUGUGGUCAAAUGUGCACAGGAACAUCAGCAGGUUACAAAGUUAAUGGAAAUAGUGCAAUCUGCUACAAGUAUUUUUAUACUCGUACUAUAUUUUAGCAACACCUUUGAAAUGGCCGCUUACUUGUUUCAGCUGAUCAGUGAAAAGUCCAUUUACAACAUUCUGCGUCCCCUUUAUGUAUUUACACUGAUGAUUUCGCAGUUAUACAUCUUCUAUAAGUACACAAAUGAAAUAUUGGUUGAGAGUACUGCGUUGUGUGAUGUCAUCUAUAACGAAACAAACUGGAUCGAUUACAACCAAGCUGUCAAGAAAAACUUGCUCUUGAUGAUGAGAAGAUCGCAGAAACAGUUGUCGUUUAAAGCUGCUGGUCUUGGCGACAUGUCUUUGCAGACAUUUACAAACGUAUAA